AUGGAUGGGGUGGAUGUUGAGGAUGACCCCACUUGCUCAUGGCCAGCAUCAUCGCCUUCUAGCAAGGACCAGACUUCCCCGAGCCAUGGAGAAGGUUGUGAUUUUGGUGAAGAGGAAGGAGGCCCAGGGUUGCCCUAUCCAUGCCAGUUUUGUGACAAAUCGUUCAGCCGCCUCAGCUACUUAAAGCACCACGAGCAAAGUCACAGCGACAAGCUCCCUUUCAAAUGCACAUAUUGCAGUCGUCUCUUCAAACACAAACGGAGCAGGGACCGCCACAUAAAGCUUCAUACAGGAGACAAGAAAUAUCACUGCAGUGAGUGUGACGCAGCGUUCUCAAGGAGCGAUCAUCUUAAAAUUCACUUAAAGACUCAUACGUCCAACAAGCCAUAUAAGUGUGCCAUUUGUAGGCGUGGAUUCCUGUCAUCUAGUUCGCUGCACGGACACAUGCAGGUUCACGAGAGAAACAAAGAUGGCUCUCAGUCCUCUUCCCGGAUGGAGGACUGGAAAAUGAAAGACACUCAGAAAUGCAGUCAGUGCGAAGAAGGCUUUGAUUUUCCUGAAGAUCUUCAGAAGCACAUUGCAGAAUGUCACCCCGAGUGUUCCCCUAAUGAAGACCGAUCUGCUCUUCAGUGUGUUUACUGUCAUGAACUCUUUGUAGAGGAAACGUCUCUGAUGAAUCACAUGGAGCAGGCUCAUAAUGGUGAGAAGAAGAAUUCGUGCAGCAUUUGCUCUGAGAACUUUCAUACUGUGGAGGAGCUCUACAGCCACAUGGACAGUCACCAGCAGCCAGAGUCGUGCAACCACAGCAACAGCCCAUCUUUGGUAACUGUGGGCUACACCUCCGUUUCUAGCACCACUCCAGAUUCAAAUCUCUCGGUGGAUAGUUCAACAAUGGUGGAAACAGCUCCCCCUAUACCAAAAGGUCGUGGAAGGAAGCGGGCAGCUCAGCAAGUGCCAGAUAUCACUGGUCCUUCGAGUAAACAGGCAAAAGUUACCUAUAGCUGCAUUUAUUGCAACAAACAGUUAUUUUCCAGCCUUGCAGUUUUGCAGAUACACCUGAAAACUAUGCAUUUAGAUAAACCCGAACAAGCCCAUAUCUGUCAGUAUUGUUUGGAGGUAUUGCCGUCUCUCUACAAUCUGAACGAACAUCUUAAGCAAGUCCAUGAAGCUCCGGACCCAGCACUGAUUGUUUCUACCAUGCCUGCCAUGGUGUACCAGUGCAACUUCUGCUCUGAAGUGUUCAAUGACCUCAACACCCUUCAGGAACACAUCCGAUGUUCUCAUGGAUUUGCCAACCCUGCUGCUAAGGACAGUAAUGCAUUCUUUUGUCCCCAUUGCUAUAUGGGAUUUCUUACAGAUUCUUCUCUGGAAGAGCAUAUUAGACAAGUCCAUUGUGAUCUUAGCGGUUCCCGUUUUGGUUCCCCUGUGCUUGGAACCCCAAAAGAUCCAGUGGUGGAAGUGUAUUCUUGUUCUUACUGUACAAAUUCUCCAAUAUUUAAUAGUGUUCUUAAACUGAACAAACAUAUCAAGGAGAACCAUAAGAACAUUCCUUUGGCACUGAAUUACCUCCACAAUGGAAAAAAAUCCAGAGCCAUGAGUCCCUUAUCUCCUGUAACCAUUGAGCAGACCUCUUUAAAGAUGAUGCAGGCAGUUGGAGGUGCUCCUCCUCGUCCUGCAGGUGAAUAUAUUUGUAAUCAGUGUGGUGCUAAGUAUACUUCCUUGGACGGUUUUCAGACUCAUUUAAAAACACAUCUUGACACUGUCCUGCCAAAACUGACCUGUCCUCAGUGCAACAAGGAAUUUCCAAAUCAGGAGUCUCUGCUGAAGCAUGUUACCAUUCAUUUCAUGAUCACCUCAACCUACUACAUCUGUGAAAGCUGUGACAAGCAGUUCACUUCUGUGGAUGACCUGCAGAAACACCUACUGGACAUGCAUACAUUCGUGUUCUUCCGCUGCACCUUGUGCCAGGAGGUUUUUGACUCCAAAGUCUCCAUUCAGCUACACUUGGCUGUGAAGCACAGCAAUGAAAAGAAGGUAUACAGAUGUACGUCUUGUAACUGGGAUUUCCGCAAUGAGACUGACCUACAGCUUCAUGUUAAACACAACCACUUGGAGAACCAAGGCAAAGUGCACAAGUGCAUCUUCUGUGGCGAGUCCUUUGGUACAGAGGUGGAGCUGCAGUGUCACAUUACUACGCACAGCAAGAAGUACAACUGCAAGUUCUGCAGCAAAGCUUUCCAUGCUAUCAUCUUGCUGGAAAAGCACUUGAGGGAAAAGCAUUGUGUUUUUGAAACAAAAACUCCAAAUUGUGGAACAAAUGGGGCAUCUGAGCAGGUUCAGAAGGAGGAAGUGGAACUCCAGACCUUGUUGACAAAUAGCCAGGAGUCCCAUAACAGCCACGAUGGCAGUGAAGAAGAUGUGGACACAUCUGAGCCUAUGUAUGGCUGUGACAUUUGUGGAGCAGCUUAUACCAUGGAGACUCUUCUGCAAAAUCACCAGCUUCGAGACCACAACAUUCGACCUGGAGAAAGUGCCAUAGUGAAGAAAAAGGCUGAACUCAUUAAAGGGAAUUACAAGUGUAAUGUGUGUUCUCGAACAUUCUUCUCUGAAAAUGGGCUUCGGGAACACAUGCAGACACACUUGGGACCAGUGAAACAUUAUAUGUGCCCAAUCUGUGGUGAGCGGUUUCCGUCUCUUCUGACUCUUACUGAACAUAAGGUCACGCAUAGUAAGAGCUUGGACACUGGAAACUGCAGGAUUUGCAAGAUGCCUCUCCAGAGCGAGGAGGAAUUUUUGGAGCAUUGCCAAAUGCACCCUGACUUGAGGAACUCCUUGACGGGGUUCCGCUGUGUGGUGUGCAUGCAGACAGUGACCUCCACACUGGAACUGAAAAUCCACGGCACAUUCCACAUGCAGAAAACUGGAAACGGUUCUGCCGUGCAGUCCACGGGGCGUGCACAGCAUCUGCAGAAACUGUACAAGUGUGCUUCUUGCCUGAAAGAAUUCCGCUCAAAACAGGAUUUAGUGAAACUUGACAUCAAUGGUCUGCCAUAUGGACUGUGUGCUAGCUGUGUUAAUCUCAGUAAAAGUGGUAGUCCAAAUGUCAACAUCCCUUCAAGCAGUAACAGACAAGGCAUGGGCCAAAAUGAGAGCUUGAGUUCCAUUGAGAACAAAAGCAAGGCAGGGGGACUGAAGACUCGAUGUUCUAGUUGCAAUGUUAAAUUUGAAUCAGAAAGUGAACUCCAAAACCAUAUUCAGUCAAUCCACAGAGAGCUUGUUCCAGACAGCAACAAUACACAGCUGAAAACACCACAAGUAUCUCCAAUGCCCAGAAUCAGCCCCUCCCAAACUGAAGAGAAGACCUACCAGUGCAUCAAAUGUCAGAUGGUUUUCUACAAUGAAUGGGAUAUCCAAGUUCAUGUUGCAAACCACAUGAUUG